AUGGGUGAGGAUUUCGGUAAAAAGGGAAUCACAAUUCGUCCACGAACACCUCCACAUGGUUUCGAACCCGGGGUCAAAUGGCGUAGGAGGUCGAAUCUAGGCCUUGUGGACUGGAUAUGUAUAGCAAUAUUCUGGGCAUGCCUAUUGUGGCAGCUCAUCACAGGGUUCGUACUGCUGGGCUCUGCUAACUAUCAGCUGGCUCAACUUGACUCGGAUGAUAUGUGCCCUAGUGGAUACAUGUACGCACCUACACAGUGCACUGGCAGCACUCCGAAAUCAACGCCUUAUCCUGUGUGGGAUGCUACUGUAUGUGUUAAAGAAGAUCUCUGCAAACAGAUAAGUACAUGUAUCGAUGAUAGUAUAGCAGUACCGCAUCAUCGUAAGUGGUUCAAUAGAGACCUUUCCCAUACAAAUGAGGACCCGGUAUCUCCUACAUUCUGGGUCGUGCUCGGCAAGUAUUGGUAUAUACCAACAGUGAUAUGUCUAGGAGUUGUGGUACUAGGAGUGCUAUGGCUUUAUGCAUUACAAUUGUUGGUGAAACCCAUCAUAUGGUCAACACUAUCCUUAGGGGUGGCCUUACUUGUAGGCUUUUGGGCUUUCUGGUUCGUCGAGUACCAUGUGAAUAACUGGAUGCUGUUGGUAGGAGCAGUGGUAGAGUUGAUAUUCAUGGCCUUCUGCUGGGGGUCUAUCAACCGAUCAGCAGAGGUGAUAUCAGUAGCCUCAGCAGGACUAAAGGCCACUCCUAGUGUGUUGGGAGUAUCCCUACUGGUGGAAGCCAUGUAUGUCGGUUACACUGCAUUAUGGAUAGUAUUCCUCAUUACUACCUUCCACGUCAAAGAGGUUGACGGUACUAGUUGCAGUUUAGAUGAGCCCUCUUGGGUGGCUGUAUCACGGUGGAUCUAUGGCCCUAUGUUCUUCAUAUUCACCUAUGUAUUCCUCAAUAUGAAGACUGUGGUAUGUGCUGUCGGCGUCGGUGCGUGGUACUUCCCCGAUCCUGAUGCUCCUAUGGUACCAGCUCUCAAGGGUCUUCAAUGGGCCUGUACGUCAAGUUCCGGUGCAAUAAUGUUUGCUUCGUUGUUCGUUGGUAUUGUACGGUAUGUUAUAAACCGAAUAACGGAUGUGAUUAACUGUCUGCCUAUAUGCCUGUCUCCACUUGCUUGCUUGUGGAGCUGUAUUGCAAGUUGCCUCCUUGGCAUACUCGAGAUGUUUUCCAAGUUCAUGCUUAUAGGACAGGCAUUCUGUGGUGAGGCUUUCUGUGGUUCAGCUCGGCGAUCGUUUAGUGUCGUUAAGGAUAGGCUUGGUGAUGCCUUUAUAACCGAUUCUAUCGGGGCUAAUGUGGUAACAAUGAGUACCUACAUCUUCUCCCUUGGGCUUGGUAUUGCAUCCUGGGCAUGGUUAGAUUCUGCACAGGAUUAUCAGACUCUAACUAGUAUGGCCUGGUACGUCCUAGUACCCGUACUAGUCCUAUACGCCUUCUUUAUAUCUAUACCAGUACUAACCAUCACUUUAUUGGCUUGGUUAUCAUCAUGGUUACAUGUGCUGGUAUGCGGCUCUGACGGUGAAUGCUCGACAGGCUGGGAAGUUGACACUCAGCACGCUAUCAACUCUGUCACAGGAGCGCUGUUCAUUGGUUCGGUCUGUUACUGUUUAUUCAACUUCAUUGGUGAAGUGGUUAUCUCGAGUAUUGAUACCAUAUUCUUUUGCUUCGCUAUUGAGUAUGAUAAUGAUAUCUAUCAAUCACGAUUAAGAGCUCAGGUGUAUGAAGUACUUCGAGAUGACUGCCCUGGUGGUGCUGUACCAAUGGAUGGUGCUCUAUGUCAACCCUAUACCGCUAAAGGGGAGGAUACUCUCACCACAGUGACAGGAUCUCCCCAGUUGGUCAUUAGUGAUGAUAAUGAGCAUACUACCGUUAACGUACCUACUCCUAGUGCACCCAUCGUAUACCAGAGACCUCCUCCCAAUGCACCUAUCGACACACUACAUGUUACACCAGUACCAGCUGAUCAAGCUAUGAUAGGCAGGCCUAGUGAUAAACGGAUAAGAUGAGUAUGCUUAGAAUAGGCCGCUAUUAUGAGUGUUGUUGUUAUUGUUCCUCA